CCCACGCUCGCCCCCAGUCAAAGACACACGCCCCCGCCCCCCCAGACUGGACCUCCUACUCCCUCCAACUGAGUUUAUAAGGCGGCCUCAGUGGGCCCACAGCAAACACUUUUUACAGGGCCUACAAGAAGCCAGGUGCUUCUUGUACUACAUUUUGGACUCCCCCCCUUCCAAAAAAUGGGCACUCUAAGAGUAUGGGGGGUGCUGAGGCUAUGGGCAGUGCUUUGCACAAUGGCAUGCGUGGGCUCGUCGCCACACAACAAUCAGGUGGACUACGCCGACGUCUACGACAACGAGGUGGCUAGUGAGCAACAGCAAGAGGAUUCCCUGCAGCCGCAAACAUCGUGUCAGUCUGCGGAGCUCACUCGAUGGGACAAGCUCUUCAUCGCCCUGGAGAACUCUCACAUGAGGCAGAACAUGCUGCUGGAGUCCUCGGAAUCUUGCUGUGGGGCCACGGCGUCCCUCAGGGCGCAGGUUGAUCGCCUGGCCCGGACGACGUCCCAUCAGUGCCCGCCCUGGCAGUCCGCCCUCAAGUUGCUUCAUCAGGACCUCCUGGAGCUCCGUGAGGAAGGUGAGGCGAGGGAGAGGAGGUUCAACGCCACCCUGCAGAUGUAUAAUCAUUCCAAGCCUUCGGCGUUGGGUCUUAAAGAACAAGAAGUGACGCAUGAAGUGACGGCGCCCCCUGCCGACAGCGUGGAAAAGGCGCUAGUUACCAUAGCGACCGAGCUGCAGAGGCUCUAUGUGCAGCUCGGCCGAGUUAUCCAGCAGGCGGGCACACUGAGGAAAGACAGAGGAGACUCGUGAGAGGCCCACACCAGAUGGACUGCUAUCUUACAGUGGAUAUAAAAAGUCUACACAC